AUGCGGCGCCCGAACACGUUCUCGCACUUCGGCAUUGUGGUGCCGGAUGUGGAGAAGGCGGAGAGCAGGAUUGGCGAUGCUGGAGGCAGGAUUGUUAAUCGCGUGGGGAAAGAGGUGGAUAUCAGUGAUGAUGCGUUGGCGAAUGCGUAUGGACUAAGGGUGGAGGCUAUUGGGGAGUUGGACGAGGGGGAGUUGGAAGCUGUUGUAGAGGCGUUCAAUGGGGAUAGGAAGACGGGGGCGAUACAAAGUGCGUUUGCAGAGGACCCGGAUGGGAACUUGGUCGAGGUACAGCCGAUGUGCGUUGAAUAG